UCUCACACUAUAUUAGUCAGUAAUCAUGCGACCAGACAAUCCGUCGCUUCUAUUAAAUCAAUUUAAUCGUUCUAAGUGAUUUCUGAUCCGAAAUGAGUGUGCGAGUGAGAGGCGCGAUGGAUAGGUCGUUUAAGAGAAUUUUGAGGAGACAGAAGACCGUUCACGGCGACAUGCCGGUGAAGGACGGCAGCCGGCGGUCGCUGGUCGGCGUGAUCGACGACGGCACCAAGACCGUCAGAGUCGUGAUAUACGAAGCAGAGCGCUCAGAAGAGCUCGCCGCGUACCAACUCGACAAAACCGAAGUCCAGCCGCAGGAAGGAUGGUCCGAACAGGAUCCCAUGGAGAUCAUACACCACAUCAAGCUAUGUGCCGAGAAGGCCAUCGAACAACUAGCUGUUAAAGGCUACUCCAAAGAUGACAUCGUGGCGCUCGGCAUCACCAAUCAGAGGGAGACGACGAUAGCGUGGGACAGAUUCACGGGAGAGCCUUUACAUCCUGCUAUAGCGUGGAACGACAUCCGCACAGACGUCACGGUAGACGCGAUCCUCGCCAAGGUCCCGGAUCAGAACAAGAACUACCUCAAGUCCGUCUCCGGCUUGCCCAUCAGUCCAUAUUUCAGCGCGUUAAAGAUGAGAUGGCUAAAGGACAACGCCAAAACCGUCCGGCGUGCCGGGCGGGACAAGAGGCUAAUGUUUGGGACGGUCGACUCCUGGAUUGUAUGGAACUUAACCGGCGGUCCGAGAGGAGGUCUCCACAUUACUGAUGUCACCAACGCUUCGCGAACACUUCUGAUGAACCUGGAAACUUUGAAUUGGGACCCUAUGUUGUGUAGAUUAUUUGGAAUCCACCGAGACUCACUACCCCAAAUACGAAGCAGUUCCGAAGUGUACGGCGUAGUCAAAGACGGAUCCAUCUUAGACGGAAUUAGGAUAUCGGGAAUAUUAGGCAACCAGCAGUCAGCCCUAGUCGGUCAAAACUGCCUGUCAGCCGGCCAGGCCAAGAACACCUACCGUAGUGGCUGUUUCCUUCUCUACAAUACUGGUUCCCGCCGUGUGCAGUCUACCCACGGUCUUCUAACGACAGUAGCUUACAGGCUGGGACCACAAGCACCGCCUGUAUAUGCAUUAGAAGGCUCAAUAGCUGUAGCGGGAGGCGCCGUGAAAUUCCUCCGUGACAACCUCAAACUAAUUAAAGACGUGGCGAAGGACACAGAGCAUAUCGCCGGCCAAGUGUUUUCUACAGGGGACGUUUACUUCGUGCCGGCGUUCAGCGGGCUGUACGCGCCGUACUGGAGGAAGGACGCCAGGGGAAUUAUUUGCGGUCUGACGGCAUUCACCACAAAACAGCACAUCAUACGGGCAACGCUGGAGGCUGUUUGUUUCCAAACUAGGGACAUAUUGGAAGCCAUGAAUAAAGAUUGCGGUAUGCCGCUGUCAAAACUACACGUGGAUGGAAACAUGACUCGUAACGAUUUGCUCAUGCAACUCCAGGCCGAUCUCAUCGGGAUACCUGUGUUGCGAGCGCAAUCUUGGGACAUGUCAGCCCUGGGCGCAGCCGUAGUGGCCGGCCACGCGGUCGGCGUGUGGUCCAUAGAAACGUGGAGGGCCACCGCUACCCCUAUCGACACCUUCCUACCCACUACCACCGAUGAUGAUCGCGACGCGCGCUACACAAAGUGGAAGAUGGCCGUCCAACGCUCACUCGGCUGGGCCGCCAUCAAAAAGUCCAUCACCAUGACAGGUCAGAACUUACGCAACUUUAGCAUGACCCGCCUUAACAGUCUAGAUACUCUCUCCACCGGCAGUAGGAAAAACUCUCUCUUCGAAAACGCUGACACAGACUUCGAAAUAGACGAGGAAUGUAGCACCGUAGAAGAAUUACUUAAAUACCAAGCCAGAAAGUUCUCGAUCUUCCCUCAGAAGUCUAGGAAAGAGCGCAGUAUUUUAGACGACGCGGAGCAUUUUAUGGCUAAAAGAGAGUGCGAUUACGGUUUGUGUCAGUGUUGUAGAACGGAAAAAAAGUUGCAAAAGGCCACCAACUGGGAGUCUAUAGAAGAGAUGAUCGAAAACGACCCGGAGAUCAUAUUCGAUGGGGAUCAUAAUCCCAUCGUAGUGGAGCCUAGGAGAAUGUCGGCCGCGCCGGUUGAGCUUGGACCUUUAGACUCUGUACCCGCUUUGUUAACGGGCAGCGCUGUCAACUUACGGAAGCACAUGCAUUUGGAGAAAAUACCGGCGCUGUUUAGAACUAUCUGUAAUAAGUUUUCUAACACUUCUCUCACGUAACUUGAUAGAGUAAGGCAGAUAUAGGCCUGAGUAGGAAUAAUAAGAAUAAAGAAUAGUGUCUACUCGAGGCAUAUAUUUUUCCAAUUGUCGCUU